GUGAUCUUUCACCAACACGAUGUCUGCCUUUGCCCUCGCACCAAAGCCAGCCAGCUUGCUCGGCUACCACCGAGUACUAGCGCCCACUGCCGGCGUCAAAGUAUCGCCAUUAUGUCUUGGGACGAUGAACUUUGGCACUAAAUGGGAGGAUUUCAUGGGUGAAUGCAGCAAGUCGCAAUCCUUUGCAAUCCUGGACGCUUUCUAUAAGCUCGGUGGUAAUUUCCUUGAUACGGCGAAUAACUAUCAGAAUGAGGAGUCUGAGAUUUGGCUGGGCGAGUGGAUGAAGGAACGUGGGAACCGCGAUCAAUUAGUCAUCGCAACAAAAUACACAACUGGAUUCCGCACAUCGCACCGUGACACUGAGCCGCUCCAAUCCAACUUCGUGGGCAACUCAAUAAAAAGCAUGCGCAUCUCAGUCGAACACAGUCUCAAGAAACUCCAAACAGACUACAUCGACCUGUUAUACGUGCAUUGGUGGGACUUCACCACGUCCGUCGAAGAGGUCAUGCACGGGCUAAACGCUCUUGUCCUCUCGGGCAAGGUUCUGUACCUCGGAAUCUCAGACACCCCAGCUUGGAUUGUUGUGAAAGCAAACGAUUACGCGCGGGCUAAUGGGUUGCGCCCGUUCUCCGUGUACCAAGGGAAGUGGAAUGCCGGGUUCAGAGAUCUUGAAAGAGAGAUUAUUCCUAUGUGCCGGGACCAGGGGAUGGGGAUUGCCCCGUGGGCGCCACUUGGACAAGGUAAGUUCAAGACUGCUGAGGCCCGUGGCACCGGUGAAGCUGGCAGCACAAGGGCAUCCAAUAUGAGCGACAGCGACAUCAAGAUGUCAGAAGCGCUGGAGGCAAUUUCCAAAAAGAAGAACACCAAUCUCCAUGCCAUUGCGCUCGCAUAUGUCCUCCACAAAACGCCCUAUGUUUUCCCUAUCAUCGGGCAGCGAAAGAUUGAACACCUGGAAGCCAAUGUCGACGCCUUGAGCGUGGCACUCUCCGAUGAGGAUCUCGACGAGAUUGAGAGCGCGGUUCCCUUUGACAUGGGAUUCCCGAUGAAUUUCAUUUUCCGAAACGGCGGUUCGAAUAACACUGCCGCAGACGUCUUUCUGACUCAGGUAUCUGCGCAUAUUGACGCACCGCCGCACCCUUCGCCGGUCAGUCCUCGUCAACUAUAAUUUGUCACGGUAUCUAGUCGCUUCUUUGUACUUUUUAUACAUUGAAUAUGCUAUCUUUGUUUUGUUCCAUUAUUCAUGAGACUGAGCUAGAAGUACUGCAGUUGAAGAGAUGUUUCAACAUCCUGACUGAUCAUCAUCAUAAUAUUACAUGACAACAAAGAAGCUAUUAGACAGAAUUCCUCUGCAGAAAAGCCAUACAGACUAGACCAAUGAUAGGAUCCUGCC